AUGUCCACAUUGGAGGAGUGUGAGACUCGCUGGAAGCAUGAGUACUUGAAGCAGUUGUUCGCACAGGACGAGAUUGCUGGCCAAGGCUACCACUUGCAGAUGGUGGAGCUUUUUGCCGAGUACGAUCCUUCUGGUUUGCAACCGUUCCUCCGGGCCAGCGAGCGCUACCCCUUGGAUCAGGCUCCGAGCUGUUUGGUGUUUAGGGCUCUAGGGCUCUAG